AUGUCAGUUGAUAACGUCGGCGGCCUUCUGCUUUCCGCAAAUAUCCCUCUUUCCGAGCUCGUCGCUUCGAUACGGCAAUUUUCGUCUUCAGGAUCGAUCAGGCACCUGCGCCUCAAGUCCCCGGAUGAGUUCUCUCAGUUUGCGCAUGCCUUCGGUUGGCCUGCUCACGAAGAUAUCGGCAAUCCAGUUCGGAGGACUAUCCACGCUCCAAAUGUUGCUACUGCAAAUGAGGGCCCGAAUACGCAACCGGUGUAUCCGCAUAACGAGUUCGGGCUCAGCCCGCACUAUCCGCAGUACGUGUUCUUCUUCUGCAUGUCGGCGCCGGAGACGGGUGGAGAAACGCCGAUCAACCACUCGGUGAUCCUUCAUGAGCGUUUAAAGGAACGAGUACCGGGUUUCAUCGAAGUGCUUGAGAAGAAGGGCGUGAAGUAUCAGCUCUUCUACCCCAACCGACCACGCGACGACGUCUCCUCUUCCGGAACAUCUAUUCUCCAAUCCUACGGCAUUCGUGUGCUCGACACCGACACCGUGGACGAAGCGCGCGAGAAGGUCGAAGCGGAAAUCCGUCGUCUCCCAACAGCCUUCUGGGUAUGGGAGAACCAGUCCGAAACUAAUCCCUUGGGCGAUCUCCGAGUAUGGCAAACGCUCCCUGCUUUGCGCCGACACGAACAGUCAGGACAGAUAGCCUUCUUCAACAACGCAGUAUCCAGGUACUUGAAUGCAAAGGGGAGAGGGACGUUAAGAGCUCCGCAUGUUGACAGUAAGGGAAUGUAUUUCCCGCCCUGCUUUUACAGCGAUGGAGAGCUGAUUCCGGACCAAUUUCUGGAGACAGCUGUAGAGAUUAUUGACGAGAUCAAGGCAAAGGUGGCUUGGCAGACGGGAGAUGUUCUGCUUCUCGACAAUCAUCAAGUGCAGCAUGCUAGAGAACCAUGGACGGGGAGCCGAAAGCUACUAGCUAGCUUGUGGGAUUGA